AUGACUCCGGCAGCGGAGAGCGAAGGGCCCCCUCCAGCCCAGUCUGAGGCCAACGGGAAAUAUAAAUCUGCGGAGAACGGAAACUCAACAAAGGCGCAUCAGAACAGGGCCGAUACGUCUACGUCAGAACCUCAUAGCCUGGUAUCUGGCUCGCCGGAACAAGGACUCGGGAUAUUACUGGAACAGUCAGACACCAACGGAGCUAGAAGUGGUCGCAUGUCUGUCGUGGAUGUUUUUGAAGGGCCGAAAGUUAAAGCUGCACUUGCAGAGCUCACCAAAGAUGCGUCCCAGCGUCCUGCCGACGAUAAGGUGUUAAAGCUGUCACCUGGGAAGAUUCAAGAGCUCACAUCAUCACCUGAAUCAAUACCUUACCACGCGAUAGAAUCGGAUGCGAACAUUGGAGGCAGGACCAUUCUGGAUAAUGUUCGACUGCCGCCAAAUCGUGCACUUGAGGUCUCAGAUACCACUUUGCAACCUCUCAGUGAGAUUCCAUCUAACCCAGAUGGCCCUCUCAGGGUAAGAAGGUCUAGUAAAGAUCCAAACUCAGACAACACGUCUUCGGAGGAUCCGUCGAAUACAAAGCAUUCGAAUAAUGGUGCUAUCCGGAACCGACCACACCCAUCCCGAACAUUUUCUACCCCCAUAUCCCGACGCACAACGCUUUCGACACCCAUUAAUGAUCGACUUUCAAAUACAUGGGCAUCACGAUCCAAACAAGACCGAGAGCUCAAAACACAGCUCGCCGCGUCGCCUCAUAUCAUUGAAACGCCUCUAGCUUCUCCUAUGCCAGCCGUACCUCUGCCUCCGCCCUCAAUCCCCACCUACUUGCAGCUGGAGCUGGCAUCCGGUCGCCCCUCGCCCUUAUACAUUCAUGGAAAUACGAAUGAAUUUCCCUAUGAAUCUUCCAGUGCCAAAAUCGAACGUUUAUUAAAUUUCCUGAUACUUCCACCCGCACUGGAGCAAACUCUCUGCUUUGGAAGUCUUGCGUGCCUUGAUGCAUGGCUAUAUUCCUUCACAAUUCUGCCUCUUCGGUUCAUAAAAGCAUUGUACAUAUUGUGUGAAUCAUGGGCUUUGAAUCUGGCGGCAGAGGCCCAUUUUCUCUGGAAAUUCGUUAUUAACGGGGCUGGGCGAGUAUGGCGAAGAAGAAACCAUCCACUAGAAAUAAAACGCACGCGACGAGAAAGCGAAUCUGAUGCUACCCCUCGCUUGCCUGAUGGCUCAACUCCACAAGAGCCUCAACAUCGACCGAGUGACUUAUCGAAAAGAAGGCAUAGGACGUCAGAGUCUCGCAGGCACCAUCGGAGAAAGAAGUCCAUGCCUUCUGCUUUACUUCCGGAUGACAAAGCAGAUAUUCUUACAGGGUUUCUCAUGAUUACGACCUGCUGCGCCUUGAUGUACUUCGAUGCCAGUCGAAUGUACCACUGGAUUCGUGGACAAGCAGCAAUCAAACUGUAUGUGAUCUACAAUGUCCUCGAGGUGCUUGAUCGGCUUUUGGCUGCAAUUGGACAAGAUGUUCUCGAAUGCUUGUUCUCCAGAGAAGCUCUUGAGCGCAGGCCCAAUGGACGAAGCAAAAUCUUUCGCCCGUUUUGGUUAUUUCUUUUGGCAUUAGCCUACACAGUUGCACAUUCAAUAUCCCUCUUCUAUCAGGUGAUGACAUUGAACGUUGCUGUUAACUCUUAUUCGAAUGCUCUUAUCACCCUUCUUCUGUCCAAUCAAUUCGUGGAGAUCAAGUCCACUGUUUUCCGCAAAUUUGAAAAAGAGAAUCUCUUUCAGUUAACUUGUUCGGAUGUUGUCGAACGAUUUCAGCUCUGGCUCAUGCUCACCAUUAUUGCGUCACGCAAUAUCGUUGAAACGGGCGCCUUCAAUUUCAUUGGCGUCGGAUUGGGAUCCAGCUUCACCGGCCAGUCCACCAGCACCAAUAGCACGCCACUGUCGACUCCUCCGCGUACUGCUUCGUCGAUCCUACCUCAGUCUUUCACAUUCUUUCCAUCAUCAAUUUUGUCUCUUAGCCACGUUCACUCUUUCAUUCCAACGUUGGCUCAGGUCCUAGGGCCGUUUCUCAUCGUCCUUGGAUCCGAAAUGUUUGUUGAUUGGUUGAAACAUGCAUACAUCAAUAAAUUCAACAACUACCGCCCUACCCUAUAUGUACGAUAUCUUGAUGUUCUCGCGAAAGAUUAUUACACAAAUGCUUUCGCUGGUGGUGAUCACAGUCUCACUCGCCGCCUUGGUUUGCCGGUGAUCCCUUUGUCCUGUAUCUUUUUCCGGGUAUCAGUCCAGACCUACCAGAUGUUCUUGGCAUCUAUUGCUCCCCAGCAUCCUUCAUCUACCGCAAUGGGCGUGGCCACGCUUUCCUCUAUCCACAGUCAGCAUACAGCGUUACCUCUUCCCUCCACGCCACCAUUGACCUUCCGAACCAUCAUUCCAAACAUAAACACUUUUUUUCGCACCGUCUUGGAAAAUGCGAUUCCCUCGCCGGCUCAAUCUGUUCAGAUUUUCACAGUGAUCCUGAUCACCACAGGAUUUAUCGUGUUGUUAAUCUUCAAGCUUCUUCUGGGCAUGGGUCUACUUGCCUUCGCUCGUUCUCGCUACAAGAAAAUGAUGAGGGCCAUGGAGAGUGAACACCGCAAGUCAUCGCGUUCUUCAUCGCACCAGAAUGGCCAACAGGAAAACUGCGGUGAAGUAGCACCUGUGCCUCGCAAAGACGAGUUCAAUGUUGAAGGAAGCCGACGAGCUGGUGGUUGGGGUAUGGUCGAGGUCGGUGACGAGAAGCGAAAAUGGAUAUAUGGCGAUGACCCUGACGGAUUGCGACGAGUGAAGGAAAAAGAAGACCGAGAUAAGAACAAGGAUAAAGACCUGAAGAUCGAUCAUGUCCAGCGUUAUGAGAUGGUUGCGAAGAAGAUCUGGUGA